AUCGAUUUUAAAAUCAUUAUCGAAUAACCUAUUGACGAUGACAUAUAAAAAUAUUGAGCAAGGAAUCGAUUUUCCAUAUUUGCUAUUUACUAGUGAAAAGUUGAGAAGUGUCACCACGGAUCUAUAAUUUCUCCUGUCCGUCCUGGGACUCUGGGACUGUGUUCUUGUCGUCCUUAAAAAUAAAAAAUCAAUCAAUCUAUUUAGAAUAAUAAUAAAAAUUUCGGUUGCUAAAACUUACGGAAAAUUUGGUUUAAAUAUGGUUUACUAAAAACGGUAAAAGAAAGUGAAUGUGCAAAUGUGAGAAAAAUUCAACACUUGUAAAGGAUAAUCAGCAACAACAGCAAAAACUGGCGAAAAAGGGCCUAGAAAAUUAAUGUAACCAACCUUAAGUCUACAGCAUUUCAAAUUCAUGAUCUAAACCAAAAUUCAUCCUUCCUGGCUUGUGCCUUGCACAAAAUUACCCCAACCACAUUCAAAUAAUUGAAGCGAUGUUAUUAUGGCCAACAACAACUACAAUAUAUCGAACGGAAGCGGAAAUACCAAUUCAAAUCAUGAACGACGGCAACCUAUACAACUGUGGUGGGGUCAACGUUUAUGGCAAGAACUACGCGGACGGAUUCACAUGCGUACACCGCCAGCCACAACGCCUGACGAUGAUAUGAGAACACCACCCUCAGGGUCUGGGGGUGGUGGAGGCGGUGGCACAAACCUAGAUGAUUCGGAGAAACGUGUCAUCUUCAUCAAUCGUCCCCAAAUACAGAAAUUCUGCAAUAACCAUAUAUCAACAGCUAAAUAUAGUUUUAUAAGUUUCCUACCAUCGUUCCUAUUCGAACAAUUUCGCCGCUACUCGAAUUGUUUUUUCUUACUUAUCGCACUGCUGCAACAAAUCCCCGAUGUCUCGCCGACGGGGAGAUAUACCACCCUUGUCCCAUUGAUAUUCAUAUUGGCGGUGAGCGGGAUCAAGGAGAUUGUGGAGGAUAUCAAAAGGCACCGAGCCGACAAUGAAAUCAACCAUCGCAGUGUGGAGAAACUAAAAGAUGGCGUAUGGAUGACGGUUCGGUGGGAGCAAUUGGCAGUGGGUGACAUUGUUAAGAUACCUAACAAUACAUUUUUCCCUGCCGAUUUGAUAUUGUUGUCCUCCAGUGAACCGCAGGCCAUGUGCUUCAUUGAAACCUCCAACCUUGAUGGGGAGACAAAUUUGAAGAUUCGUCAAGGUGUGCCGGCCACAGCACGUUUGUUGGAGACGCGAGAUCUGGUGGAAUUGGCCGGCGUAGUGGAGUGUGAGCUGCCCAAUCGUUUGCUGUACGAAUUUAAUGGUGUCCUCAAAGAGCAUGACAAACAGUCGGUCUCUUUGGGCCCCGAUCAAAUUUUGCAGCGAGGUGCUGUUUUGCGCAAUACUUCGUGGAUUUUCGGCAUGGUCGUGUACACAGGGCACGAUACUAAGCUGAUGAAGAAUUCGACGUCGGCUCCCCUAAAAAGGUCCACUGUGGAUCGCCUUACCAAUACUCAGAUUUUAAUGUUGUUCAUGAUAUUAUUGGUUCUGUGUCUAACCAGCGGUGUCUUCAACUUCAUUUGGACCCGUAAAUAUUUCGUAUCCGACUGGUAUUUGGGUUUGGAUGACUUUAAGAGCAAAAACUUCGGAUACAAUCUCCUGACAUUCUUCAUUCUGUUCAACAACCUCAUACCCAUCUCACUGCAAGUUACUCUGGAAUUGGUUAGAUUUUUGCAGGCCCAAUUUAUCAACUGUGACCUAUCCAUGUAUCAUGUGGAGUCAAAUACCCCCGCUAUGGCCCGCACAUCUAAUCUCAAUGAAGAGUUGGGUAUGGUUAAAUAUAUAUUCUCGGAUAAAACCGGAACCUUGACCAGAAACGAGAUGGUUUUCAAAAAGUGUUCUAUAGUAAGUGAGAUAUACCCGACAGAGAACACCCCCGAGCAGAGUUUAGUUGUCCAACAUUUAUUGAGUAAGCAUCAAAAUGCAGCAAUCAUAAAGGAAUUCCUGGUUCUACUCUCCGUUUGUCACACCGUCAUACCGGAAAAAAAUCCAGAUGGUUCUAUCACCUACCAUGCUGCCAGUCCCGAUGAACGGGCCCUGGUCGAGGGAGCCAAACAAUAUGGUUUUGUAUUUGAUACACGAACACCACACUAUGUGGAAAUCAAUGCCUUGGGCACUCGAGAGCGUUAUGAGAUUUUAAAUGUUUUGGAAUUCACCUCCACACGCAAACGCAUGUCUGUAAUUUGUAAAACUCCAGAAGGCAAAAUUAAACUUUACUGCAAGGGAGCCGAUUCAGUGAUUUAUGAACGUUUAGCCCAAGAUGGCAAAUCGUUUAGCGACAUUACCCUCAACCACUUGGAAGAGUUUGCGGCCGAGGGUUUACGCACAUUGUGUUGUGCUGUGGCCACAAUACGCCAAGAUGUCUACGACGAUUGGCAAACAACUUAUCACAAGGCCUCGACUACGCUAAAUGAUCGCGAGAGAAAAAUGGAAGAGGCAGCCAAUUUGAUUGAAAAUAACCUCCAUCUACUGGGGGCCACAGCUAUCGAGGACAAACUGCAAGAUGGGGUACCUGAAACAAUAGCCUCUUUGCUAGAGGCCGGCAUCUACAUUUGGGUCUUGACUGGCGAUAAACAAGAAACAGCUAUUAACAUCGGUCAUUCCUGCCGUCUCAUAUCGACCUCUAUGGACAUUGUCAUAUUGAACGAAGAGAGUCUGGAUGCCACGCGAGAAGUGAUACAUCGUCAUUCCAGUGAGUUGCAAACUUCGAUAAACAAGAACUGUAACGUAGCAUUGAUUAUAGAUGGUAAAACAUUAAAAUACGCCUUGAGUUGCGACCUGCGAAGGGAAUUUCAAGAAUUGUGUACCAGUUGUCGGGUGGUCGUGUGUUGUCGUGUCUCGCCCAUACAAAAAGCCGAGGUGGUAGAACUGAUAACAACUACAACUAAAUCAGUUACGCUGGCCAUUGGUGACGGAGCCAAUGAUGUGGCCAUGAUUCAGAAGGCCAAUGUAGGCGUGGGUAUAUCCGGUGUUGAGGGCCUACAAGCUGCCUGUGCCUCCGACUAUUCAAUAGCCCAAUUUCGUUAUCUAAAGCGUCUGCUGCUGGUUCAUGGUGCCUGGAACUAUAGGCGUAUUACUAAACUAAUUUUGUAUUCAUUUUACAAAAAUGUGUGUCUCUACGUCAUAGAGCUAUGGUUUGCCAUCUAUUCGGGCUGGUCGGGUCAGAUAUUAUUCGAGCGCUGGACCAUAGGUUUAUACAAUGUGGUAUUUACAGCCUUACCACCCUUUGCCAUUGGUAUUUUUGAAAAGGUCUGUUCGGCAGAGACAAUGCUAAAGUACCCUCUGCUAUACAAGCCUUCACAGAAUGCAAAAUUAUUCAAUGUCCAAGUAUUUUGGGUUUGGAUCAUAAAUGCCCUCCUUCAUUCAAUCAUACUCUUUUGGUUGCCCCUGGGGGCCAUUGGUACUGAAACGUUAUGGUCCUGCGGCAGAACCUCCGAUUAUCUGUUGCUAGGCAACCAUGUCUACACGUACGUGGUGGUCACGGUCUGUUUGAAAGCUGGUCUUUCGACAAACUCCUGGACAUGGUUAACCCACGCCUCCAUAUGGGGCUCUAUAGGUUUAUGGUUCAUAUUCAUUUGCAUCUAUUCCAAUUUCUGGCCUCUGCUGCCGGUAGCUGCCAAUUUCUUGGGUAUGGAAAGAAUGAUCUUCACCACACCGAUAUUCUGGUUUGGUCUCCUCUUGGUACCGAUUACAACAUUACUAGUCGAUGUUAUCUUUAAACUUGUACAAAAUACCGUAUUCAAAUCGUUGACGGAGGCGGUUCGCGAAUCUGAGAUACGUAAACACGAUCCCGAUGAUGUUAUGAAUGAGACGCGUUCAUCGUUCACCGAAACAGCUCGUCUGUUGCGAAGCGUUUUCAUAAGACGUGCCAAUACGCGUGUCGACACAGAUGUUGAACUGUCGCAUGGCUAUGCAUUCUCUCAGGAAGAAGGUGGAGCAGUUUCACAAUCGGUCAUUAUUCGUUCUUAUGAUACAAAUUUACAAAAACCCAGUGGCAACUAGAAUCGUAAGCAGUAUUGGGCAAGACAAAGAUUUUAAAAUAAUCACAAAACAAAAAAUAUACCAGCAAACAAACACCACCAAAAACAAAUGUCAAAAGAACUCCCCAUAAAAUACCCCUUUAACAAAAAACGGUAGAUUUUUUACUAAACAAGAGUCUAUAAAGUACUCUAUAAUGUUUUUA